CAUAGUAAGAAUCAACCGAGCGCUAUCAAUCGGCUCGCAUCCUGCUGCAAACUAGGAUAAGCCACCACCACAACAACCUUCACUUCACUUUCACGUUCAUUUAGCCCCUCUCUCUCUCUGACACACCGACCAGCAGCGUCCUAUGAUUUGCCUGCCUGAGAUGCGAUUUCGCUCUCCCCUUUCCCGGAGAAUAUCGUCCGUUACUCCCCACUGAAAGACCAUGCCCGAGACGGGGGCGGCAGGAGCAGCAGUCCCUGCAGCAGCGGGUAGCAGCUCCUCCGACAGCAGUGGUGGCACCGAGAGCUCGCGACACAGACACCGAUCGCAAGGCGAAGGGGAAAAGACAGAUCAAAGUGCUGCCUCCUCGCAGCAAACGUCAUCCGGUGUACUGGAUAAGUUAUUUGGGAAGCGGCUGCUGCAGGCUGGGAGGUACAUAAUGUCUCAUAAGUCCUGGAUGAAGACCGUGCCCACUGAGAACUGUGACGUCCUCAUGACUUUCUCAGACCGGACAGAUGACCACACGUUGCUAUGGCUACUAAACCACAUGCGCCUGGGCAUUCCAGAACUCAUCGUCCAGAUCCGACAUCACAAACACACGCAUGUACACGCCUUCUUCGUCACGGCAACUUACGAGAAUUUGUUGCGCGGGGCAGAGGAGAUGGGUCUGAGGAAGUCAUUAAAGCCAGAGUUUGGGGGAGGAACACGCAGCUUCUCCUGUGAAGAAGACUACAUCUAUGAGAACAUUGAGAGUGAACUAUGCUUCUUCACAUCACAGGAGAGGCAGAGCAUUAUCAAGUACUGGCUCGACAAUCUACGAGCCAAGCAGGGGGAGGUGCUUCAUAACAUACACUUCCUGGAGGGACAGCCAAUCAUCCCAGAGCUGAGUGGGAGGGGUGUGAUCCAGCAGGUGUUUCCUCUCCAUGAGCAGAGGAUCCUCAGUCAGCUGAUGAAGUCCUGGGUGCAGGCUGUGUGUGAAAAACAGCCACUAGAUGAUAUUCGUGACUACUUUGGGGUGAAGAUAGCCAUGUAUUUCGCCUGGCUGGGGUUCUACACCACGUCUAUGCUCUAUCCUGCUGUCAUCGGCUUCGUGCUCUGGGUUCUCACCGAGUCUGACCAGACGAGUCGUGAUAUCUGCUGUGUGGUGUUUGCACUGUUUAACGUGGUGUGGGCCACACUCUUCUUGGAGAGGUGGAAGAGAAGGGGGGCGGAGCUGGCCUAUAAGUGGGGUACGCUGGACACCCCUAACGAGUCCCUAGAGGAACCACGGACGCAGUUUAGGGGUGUGAAGCGGUGCAGCCCCAUAACAGGCUGUGAGGAGUUUUACUACCCACCAUGGAGGAGGAGGGUGUUCAGGUGGCUGGUCAGCCUGCCCAUCUGCAUCCUGUGUCUCUGCUUUGUGUUCCUGGCCAUGCUCCUCUGCUUCGAACUGCAGGAGUUUGUUAUGGGGAUUAAAGAAGUACCUCGCCUGGCCCGGUUCAUCCCGAAGAUCAUGCUGGCCAUCACUGUGACUGCCUGUGACGAGGUGUACAGGAAGAUAGCCUACUGGCUCAACGACAUGGAAAACUAUAGACUCCAGAGUGCCUAUGAGAAACAUCUCAUCAUUAAAUUGGUUCUUUUUCAGUUUGUAAACUCUUAUCUCAGCCUUUUCUACAUUGGAUUCUACCUCAAAGACAUGGAGCGUCUGAAAGAGGUGUUGCUGGUGUUCUCUCUGGGACAGAGUCUUCUCAGACAGCUGAAGGACAAUGUGCUGCCUUUUGUCUUCCUCAAGAUCAGGCUGUUGGUCGUCACCAUCCCCUGGGUCAUCAAGGCCUCCUUCAGGUCCAAACGUCUGGCUACCUUUGGAUUUGAGCAGCUGUUCUAUAAGAUGCUGGCCACCCUGCUGAUCAUCCGCCAUUUUGUCCAGAACGUGAAGGAGGUGAUGCAGCCUUAUCUGUACGAGCGCCACAAGCUGGGCGAGCUCACCCUGCGCAGCGUCUGGGAUCUGCUCCUCUCAGCCGUGCUCAAGUACUGCAGGCUGGCCGCAGGAAAGCCCCAGGCUUCACCCACCGACCAGGCCAUGCCGGGCCCUGGCCUGAGGGGAACCAGACCCGGGGUGGGACAGCCUGACCGCAGGGAGAAGAAGUGUCUGAACGGGGGAUGUGGGGUGCCUGAAGAGGAGGAGGGAGAGAGGGAGGAGGGGGACAGUGGGAGGUUCAGUGAGGGAGAGAAUGAGGAAUCGUCUGAGAGUCUGAUAGACUGUGGCCUCAAGCUGAGGAAGGUCAGCUUCAUAGAGAGGGGGGACAGGAAGUCGUCUGGAGGGGGCUGCAUCCCCACAAUGGAGGACAGUUUCUUGGAGGACGGCAGCCCCACUAUGGUGGAGAAGGGGAUGGAUCCGGCAUCGGUGUUCGAGACAUAUGAUGAUGACGAUGACAAUGGCGUCACUGAGACAAAGGACACGGGAGUUUCGGCCAAUGAGAGUAUGGCGGCUGCCCCGCUGCCUUCUGGGCCAGAGAGCACGGUGACGGUGCGUCAUCGCAGAAGGCAGAGGAGUUUGGAGAGGGCAGACUCUAAAACCAAGCGGGAGUCAUGGAUCGACCCGCCAGAGGAACAGGAGAGUACGAGUCUGGCACAGGCUGAGAUGGAGAGCUGCAUGCAGACAUAUGAGGACACCUUCCAGGACUACCAGGAGAUGUUUGUCCAGUUCGGCUACGUAGUUCUCUUCUCCUCAGCCUUCCCCCUGGCGGCCAUGUGUGCCCUCAUCAACAACAUCAUCGAGAUCCGCAGCGACGCCUUCAAGCUCUGUACCGGCCUGCAGAGACCCUUCGGCAAGAGAGUGGAGAGCAUCGGACAGUGGCAGACAGCGAUGGAGGCCAUGGGUCUGAUCGCCAUCAUAGUCAACUGUUACCUGAUUGGUCAGUGUGGUCAGCUGCAGCGCCUCUUCCCCUGGCUCAGCCCUGAGAUGGCCAUCAUCUCCAUUGUCAUCCUCGAGCACUUUGCCGUCCUGCUGAAGUACAUCAUUCACAUAGCAAUCCCAGACAUCCCCAGCUGGGUGGGGGAGGAGAUGGCCAAACUGGAGUACCAACGCAGGGAGGCUUUUAAGAAGCACGAGCGGCAGGCGCAGCAGCACUACCAACAGCUACAGAGGAGGAAGAGAGAGGAGGAGGAGAGGCAGAGGCAGACGGAGCACCAGGCUCGCAGGGAGAGGGAGAGAGAUGAGGGGAAGGACUCCUCCGGGGGAGACCACCACCACGACAAGAGCCACGGGGGGAAGUCCCGCUCUGGAGGGGGUGGAGGUGGGGACAAGCCCAAGAGGCCCAGCUCCCUCCUGGCCAACAACAACGUGAUGAAGCUCAAACUGAUCACCCCCUUACAGAGCAAGUUCUCCUCCGGCAGCGCACGAUCCCCUCAGUCUCCCACAGGAAACGAACCCAAGCUCCCCGGGUUCCUCAGCUUCAAGUUCCUCAAGUCGCCUGAGAAUAAGAAGGAAGCGGCUGCUGCCGCUGCAGCUGCAGCCACGGCAACGAAUACCACGACGACCGCGACCGCCCCCGGCGGUAACCAGGAGCGGUCUCAGUCGCCGAGCAAGUCGUUCAACCCUGGGAAACUAUUUAACUUUGGGAAGUCAGAGGGGGGCUCCUGUGUGAAUGGGUCCCAGUUACCCCGACCAGGGGAGGGUUCCCAGGGAUCUGACAAACAGCUCACCAAGUCUGACCUGAAUGGGGUGCCGGACGAAAUCCCCUCGCCUGGAGGGGAUGAGGGGGAGAACGGACACCACACAGACUCCUCAGACCCUAAAGUCUAGGCUCUCUUUGGAUAGGGAGAUGACAAACUACUAUGAGAACUUAACUUAAUAUAUCUACUAGAAGGAGAAAUGUAUGGGGAGAAAAGGUCAAGCCUCUCUCUGUGCUGUCUGGAUCUGAGGUUGUGUAUGAAGACGCCGCCUGAGGGCUGUG